AACUGAGAGCUGUCACUUCGUGAACCAAACAUUAAAUUUUAUCAAUUUUGAUCAAAUAAAUCAUUGCGCGAUAUUUAAGAAAAUAUUGCAAAUAUUUAUCAAAAAACGUGCUCACCGCAUUAAGAUAUUUUCAAAUAGAUAAAUGCAAAUAUGGUUAAAAAGUGGAAAGUGUUUUCAUUUUGAUUGUUUUCAAGUAACCAUCGGAAUAUUAGAAAAUCCGGAAGCUGUUGAUACAGGAAACAGAUACACGAAACCGAUUCGGAAAUAACAUUGGCGAAUUUCGAACUGCCAAUCAAAAUUCUAUGAACAAGGACGAACAGGCCAAACCCGACGACGAUUCCAGAAUCGGUGCAGAAUCGUCGUCAAACGGUGAUAAGCAUACUGAACAAGCAUUGUCCGUAAAAGUAACCGGUAAGCAAAGCUGCAACCUAAACGAGGACAAGUCGGACCAAAACACCGCGCUAGCAGCAUCACCUAAAGUGGUUGAAAAUUGUUCCAAAGGCAACCCGUCAAGCUCCACGUUAGGUACGGUGGAACGAUCUUCAGUAACAUCAAUCGCUCCAGGAUCACACGUAACCGAUUCCGGAGAUAUGAAACGGGCUUCAGCAAAAAAGCUUAUAGAGCGGUACUUUUAUCAGUUGAUCGACGGUUGUGGUAAUCCGAAAUGCAGCAACAAGUACUGUGCCUCUAGUGGCAAGGUAGAAAAACUUAGUCCAAACGCUGCUGCCGCUCGUGCUAUUCAGCUGUUUACCCAGGAAGCUGAACUAUGUGACACGCAUCCAUCGAAGGUGCCAAAAACAAUGACGAACGCUUCUACCUCUGGAGGAGCUGCGGAAGAUGCAAAUAGUAGUGGGCACCUUUCUGCUGCUAGCUCUUCCGGAUCCAGUUCCGGAUUAGAUGAUUCCACCGCCAGUACGGAAACAGGUACUGCUUGGGGACUGUUGGGUAGGACUGUAGACAUGGAGGAAGUAAACGACAGCUCUAAUCAGGACAUUGAUUCAAUGGAUGAAGAAGAGCAGUUGAGCGGAAGGAAAAAUCAUAAUCAUCCCUACGAAGGGGGAGGUGGCGAGGGCAGCACACACAACUAUACUCUUCGUAGUUUCACCACCAGUCAGGGUAACAGCAAAAGUGAUCUGGCCGACAACGGUUCCUCAAGUAGUAGCGCCAGGAAAACACCGAGCAGCAGUAGUUCAAACGAAUGCACUCACAAAAAACACGAUCCUCUUCCACUGGAAUAUUUAGACGAAGCGAUGCUUCUAGACUUAACGAAAAUAUGCGAGCGAGAAUGCUCGGAUGCUCCAUUGAUCCGAAAGUUAGGUGCCAUUUUUUCCUCCUACCGAUCGAUAGCAUUAAGCUUCCAACAAAAACCUUGCUCAAGUAUCGAUGUCAUGCUCGAGAAAGCACCAAAAGAUUUGAAAAAUCUGAAAAAAGAAGACCUGCGAACACUUGAAGGCGAUCUAGAUAAGGAUGAAGACAGUUCGGCGGAGAAAAUACCGGAGAUUAGGGAAAAACAUCACACAACUAUCGACUUAGUUAGUUUACGUCGGGCAAUGAAAACCCUGUACGAAAAGAAAAGUUCCGUAUUUGGUCCAAUCAAUAAUGCCUUACAGUCAGCCGGGGAAGCUCUCAGUAUUGACCUGCGAGUAUUGCUAACCCAAAAGGAUGACAUCGAAGAAGUUGUGACUGUUUUUGUGAUUAUUUUCGAAGUGCUGCUAAUCGGAACGGCAGAGUUCUUAGAAGUUUCACUUCCACGCAUUUGUGAUGCACUCUGCCACUUACCCGUAUGGGCACAGGCAAGAUUAGCCCAUAUCUGGUCGGUGCACUGCAAAGAAAGCAUUCAACCAUUGCUUCAAUUGCUGCAACAGUUGAUCACGAUUUCCACGCUUUCGUUGAACUACUACCGGGAUGUGAAAAUUCACGACAAUGAGAUUGUUUGCAAUGCCACGAAAGUUAUGAAGAUCGUGUUCUAUGCAAACAUCCUAGCCGGUGACGUGGAGCCGAAACACUUCCGGGAAGCCGAUCUUGGUGACAUUGCUCCACCGACUUAUCUUUCGCUUAUCCCGGAAGAUGACGAACCGCAGUUGUACACUAGCAAGGAGAAGAAAGCCAAACAACAACGGCUGGAAGAUCCGCUGGCCACGGAGUUGGACGUAAACAUAUUGGACUGCCGGAAACCAAGUGUUCCGUACGAGGAGUUCUACAACGAACCACUGUGUGAUGUAAUUGAAAUGGACCAUGACUAUCUUAGUUACAAGAAUACUACCUCAGAGGGGGCAUUUUUCCCAGAAUCGACGAAGAAGUUCAGCUUCAUGUUGUACUCGUUCAUACUGACUCCAGCCACAAAAACACUGGCACUGUACUACGACUCUCGGAUUCGGAUGUACUCUGAGCGAAGGUUGAGUUUUCUGCAUCAACAGUUGGGUGGCGGAUUACAGAGCGUGAAUCCGUUCCUGAAGUUGAAAAUUCGACGAGAUCAUAUCAUUGACGAUGCUUUGGUUGAGUUGGAAAUGAUAGCCAUGUCGAACCCAAAGGAUCUAAAGAAACAGCUGGUGGUCGAGUUUUCCGGGGAGCAGGGUAUUGACGAGGGUGGUGUAUCGAAGGAGUUCUUCCAGUUGAUUAUCGAAGAGAUAUUCAACCCAGACUACGGCAUGUUCAUCAACAAUGAAGACACGAACAUGGUGUGGUUCAAUUCGACGUCAUUUGAAAAUGAGGCACAAUUCACGCUCAUCGGAAUUGUACUAGGAUUGGCCAUCUAUAAUAAUAUAAUCCUAGCAGUUCAUUUUCCUAUGGUAGUGUAUCGAAAACUGAUGGGAAUGAAGGGUUCGUUUGCGGAUUUAUGUGAUUGGAAUCCGAUUCUGUACAAUAGUUUGAAAUCGAUGCUGGAUCAUCAGGAUAACGACAUGGAAGAUGUGUUUAUGCAAACUUUCAAAAUUUGCUACAAAGAUGUGUUCGGCAACACACUGGAUCACGAACUGAAACCGGACGGAGAUAGCAUCUUUGUGAAUCAGGAUAACAAACAGGAGUUCGUUGAACUGUACACCGACUUUUUGCUCAAUCAGAGUAUCGAAAAACAGUUCAAAGCUUUCAAGCGCGGUUUCCAGAUGGUAACCGAUGAAAGUCCCCUGCAUUUACUAUUUCGACCGGAAGAAAUCGAGCUGAUCGUUUGUGGUAGUAAAGAGUUUGAUUUCAAUGAACUAGAACAGUCUACUGAGUACGAGGGAGGUUUCACAGCUGAAUCACAGACUAUAAAAGAUUUUUGGGAUAUUGUGCAUGGACUCUCGAUGGAAUCCAAACAGAAGCUGCUGCAGUUCACCACGGGUUCCGAUCGGGUUCCAGUCGGUGGGUUGAGUCGGCUAAAAUUAGUGAUCGCCCGAAAUGGACCAGACUGCGACCGACUGCCGACGAGUCAUACAUGUUUUAAUGUAUUGCUGCUGCCCGAGUACGAUAGCAGAGAGAAGUUAGAGGAACGUCUGCUGAAAGCCAUCAAUUAUUCCAAGGGAUUCGGAAUGCUGUAAAGUUGAACAGACUAUUUCGUAUUAUUCGGAAGCCUACAAAUGUACGAAACAAACGCUUGGAACUAAGCUUUUUCGAGAAGUGAAUUGUGAACGAAACAAAAAAUUUACAUUGUGAGAUUGUCUGUAGAAACUGCAUACAUUUUUUUUAUCAUUUGGUUUCCAAGAUCUCGUAAAGCUGUUUCUAUACGCUCUGCGAUAUAUUUUAGUUCGUUACGUGAACAUUGUGCGCGUCGGAAUGAAAUGCUCGCCUUCGAAAGGCACUAUCGUACAGAACUGUUUGGUUUUUUUUCUCGAUUUUAUAAAAAUGAUAAUACGCUGUACAUUCUUAUCCUUUUUCCACCAAUAUAUUCUCUUUUCCACAGGUAAACAAAUACAUAUUCGAACCUUGUGACCGAGCCAUGAACACAA